GCUGGCCUUUCAGGGUCCUCGCCGCCUCCGCUCUUCCGCUGCGCAUCUUGAUUCCGCAACACUUCCACGACACACACACCCCUGGCUGGGUUGAUUUCUUGCGGUGCAAUUGACCGAUUAUUCAUUCGUUGUCGGGAAUCCCCCUAUGUUCCACAUUUAACGGAACCACCAUUAUCCACCGCCAUCACCGCCGCCCGACCUGGUCCGCCACCACCACAUACCCACCUACAAACCUCCCACCACACCACACCACCUCACCCUACUAACCACAACCCAACCACCAAAAUGGUCAACUGGCUCACCCUCGCCGUCCCCUUCGCCUACCUAGGUGUUCUCCUCGGCUCCCUCGCCACCUUUUCCUCCCUCUACCGCAAGCGCAAAGCCCAAAAAUCCCUCUCCCUCUCCCCCUGGUUCCCCGCGCACACCCAACGCGACAUCUACUUCUCCCUCCUCCACCUGGACCCGAAAGACAACAACCCUCAUGAGAAGGGCAAAAAAGUCCCAGACAGCGUGCUCAAAUCGGCACUCCUCCGUCGCGCCAUCGAAGACAUUCAACGCGUCAUGGCCCUCCGGAAUCAGAAACAGGCUCUAGCGAUGCUCCUCCAACGCGGCAGUGUCGGGGAUGAUCUUUGGCAGCGGUUUGUGCGUGCCGAGAAGGAAAUGGAGGAGGAGGUUCGGGAUGUCGUUGCUGAGGCUAACGCUUACGUCCCCGGUUGGGGUCAAACGAUCUUUCAAUCCGCGAAUGAAAUGCUCAAUAAUGCGAUUUAUCGGGAACGCAUGGAGAAGCAUCAGGCGAAGUUGGAGGAGGAGAAGCAGUGGUGGGAGAAGAAGAAGGAGGGGUAUAUGAAGGAGUUGGAUCCCGAGUCUGCUUCUGCUUCUCCUGCUGCUGCUGCUGCUGCUGCGGCAGCGGAAGAGAAGAAGGUCGAGGCGAGUGCGGCGGCGAGUGAGUCUGGGUCUGGGGAGGCCACGCCGGCUACCAAGACGCCUGAGUCGUCGGGGGCGCCGCCUUCGGUGGCUGGCAGUGAUGAUGAUGCGGUGUUGGUGGAGAAGGAUGAGCAGGCUGCUGGGGGGAAUAAGAAGGGGGCGAAUUAGAUGGUGUUGGUUGGUUUUUUUAUGGCUUUGUAGAUCGGUUGGGUGUAUGUUUGUUUAUGGUCAAUUUUAUACCUUUUUUUUUUUUCUUUUCCCCGGGCUCAGGGUGUAGUGUGAUGGCUGUUGAGGAUGGAGAAUUCUGUCAUUCGGGUAUCGUCUGGUGG